UUCCCAUUGGGUAAACGUAAUACAGGAAGCGCCUGGAAGUCACGUAAGGAUUUUCGUGUGCGUGCUCGGCGGGCCGAAGUAUUUGCUGGCGUCUGCUGGAAAGCAAAACAUUUCCAAAAGUAACCAACAAAUGAAACAGCAACAAUGUUCCACAGACCACUAUUUCAGGUGAUGCGCCAGUUUGUAAGACAUGAAUCUGAGGUCUCAACAACUCUAGAAAGAUCUUUAAAUCGUAUCCAACUGCUUGGUCGAGUAGGACAGGAUCCUGUCAUGAGACAAAUGGAAGGAAAAAAUCCUGUCACAAUUUUCAGCCUAGCUACCAAUGAGAUGUGGCGAUCGGGAGACACUGAGGUGAUUCAAGGAGACGAUGUUACACAGAAGACCACAUGGCACAGGGUCUCAGUGUUCAGGCCGGGGCUGAGAGACUUAGCUUAUCGGUUUGUGAAGAAGGGUGCUCGGAUCUACGUGGAGGGAAAAAUAGAUUAUGGCGAAUAUAUAGAUAAAAACAAUGUGAGGCGGCAAGCCACAACUGUCAUUGCAGAUAAUAUUAUUUUCCUGACUGAUGCUAAGGAUAUAUUUCCUGAGUCGACUUAAAAGGAAUGAAGCAAAUGGGGUUUGGACUGAGGGUUAAGCUGUUCUUUUUUUUCCCCCUUUUUAUUGUAAGCUUUUCCUAAUACUGUAAUCAUGUCUUUGUUGUCUACUCUGAUAAAAAUAAUAUUUUGUACAAAAA